AUGGGCACAAACAUAUUUGGUCCAGUAUUUCUUCCUGAUACGUUAAACGGCGUAUCGUAUUUAGAAUUUUUACAAGAAAAUCUACCAGACUUUUUGGAAGAAGUACCAUUAGAACGCAGAAACGAAAUUAUAUUUCAACAAGACGGUGCUGGACCACAUAAUGCCAGAAUCGUUACAUAUUUUUUAAAUCAGCGAUUUCCUGGUCGUUGGAUGGGACGGUACGGCCCAAUACGUUGGCCUCCAAAAUCCCCGGAUAUCAAUCCACUGGAUUUUUUUUUGUGGGGACAUUGCAAAGAAAUUGUCUACAGACAGUUUCCCGAGGACAUCAAAGAAUUAAAUGACAAACUUCACUAUGCGAUUUGGGAUGUCGACAAUGAAGUGAUGGAAAAACUCAGAGAAAUUUAUUAA